AUGGAGCCAUUGGCAGUGACCUUGAAUCCUCUGGAAUCCACCACUCUGUGUACCAUUAAUGAAUCCUUGAAUCAAACAACUUGGUCAUCAGAGCAAGUGACUGAGCCCCCAUUUGAUAGAGAAAGAGAAGACUAUCAUGUCUUUGAAUCGAUCUCCCUGUUCAUUUGUGUCCUGGGAAUGAUUGGGAAUGCACUUUUGACACUGUUUCUCAUCUUCUGCGUCAAGAAGAAACCAUUCAUUGUCUACGUUCUACACCUCUCCAUCGCUGACUUCAUGGUCCUUCUCUGCUCGUCUAUCUUACACCUGGUGAACAUCUUCCACUUCUAUGAUGACACCUUGCUGAGCUACAUCAUCUUCCUCAUAAUGUUCGGCUACAAUACCGGUCUGUACCUCCUCACAGCCAUCAGUGUGGAGAGGUGCCUCUCAGUGCUGUACCCAAUUUGGUACCAGUGCCAACGCCCAAAGCACCAGUCAGCUGUGGCCUGCAUAGUGCUGUGGGCACUGUCUGUGCUUGUGUCUGGCUUGGAAAACUUCUUCUGCCUAGACAGGCCUAGAUACCUAGAGUGUCGAUAUGUGUACCUAUUCUCCUGUAUCAUGACGUUCCUCAUCUUUGUGCCUCUCAUGGUCUUCUCCAACUUGCUCCUCUUCAUCCGAAUCUGCUGUCACUCCCAGAGACGUCAACCAGCCAAGCUCUACAUAAUCAUCUUGGCCACCGUGGCCUUGUUUCUGGUCUUUGCCAUGCCCAUGAAGGUCCUGCUCAUCCUAAUCCACUAUUCCAACUUAGAGGAUAUGGCUAUGUGGCAAUUUAUUCCCUAUUUGUACCUGUUGUCCACUGUCAACUGCAGUGUCAAUCCAAUUGUCUAUUUUGUGGUAGGGAGUCUUAGGAGAAAGAAAAGAAAGUCCCUCAGAGAAGCACUGCAAAAGGUCUUUGAAGAGAAGCCAGUGGCAGGCCCAAGUAAGAACCAGCUCUCUCCGACUUCAAUGUCCUUUCCCCUCGGCCAUCUUUGA